GUUUGACGUCAUAUCAAUUAAAGAUGGAAAUAUAUUAAUUGAUUGACGGCAUCAUUAUUAUGGAUGUUUUUAUACAGAUAAUUAAUUAAUGACACAAAACGUGUCACAUGGCGUUUUCAGGAUAUAGAAACCAAUUUUACUGGAGGCCGAUUUCACUUGGGUAAAUCGGGGCCAAUUUCACGCGGGACUGUUUUGACCAUACAUCGCCGGCAGUGGCUAAUUACCUAAAUAGGCCUAGUUUGUUUUUACCGAAAAGAUCGGUAGAUCAACUAUGUGAACAUCGACAAUUUAUGUUUCUUCAAAAUUCUUCACAAUGUCAAAUAUACGAAAACUUACCUGGAGCCCUGAGACCGCGGAUCGUGAAUCGUGGUCAUGGAACAGCGGGAGUUUACAGAAAUUUCGUCACCAACACCAACUGUUGCAAUAUUUGCCAUUCAUGUAGAAUCGACUGCUGUUGAUCGCGAUCGCAGAGAUGCAUGGAGACUACUAACUAGGUACCGAUGUAUUUCAAGAAACUACAUAGAUCUAUAUAGAUACUAGUUGACGUUAAUAAUCAAAAUUCGAUGUAACCCAAUAUUCAGUCGCCGUCAGUUCCCUCCUUAUUCUGAAUCAAUCAGUCGCUUAUAUAAAAGCCUCUAUCCGAUCAAGAUCACCGGAUGCGGAUGCUGAAGAUGAGGAUCGAUGGGAAGGCGCGCCCUUUUGAAUGAUAGUUAUCGUGUCAUAUUACCUGCAUUCGAUCUCUUAUUUUUAGCGUUUGUUCUCGUCAUCUCUUGACAAAAUGCCGAUCGCACUGAUGAUAUGGGUUAACGACGAUCCCAUUACAGGAUCUGUAAUUAGUUUAAGAGAAAUUACAUCGCCAAGAAAAGAAUUCAGCGACUACAAAGUUGGCGAUAGAGUCGAGGCUCGGCUGCCAGGAUGUGGGAUUUUUGAAUCCGUGAUUGGAAAAUUAGGAGGUUGGUAAAUCGUGUUUUAUAUAAAUUGUUCAGUUGAUGUGUAUAUGCAGUUUAGUGUAAAUUUGUUUGACAUGAUAACCUUUUUACGCAGGCCUUGUGCCCGCCGCAUUAUAUUUGAACCAGAAAUUUAUGUGGAUGCGGAUCGGGACAUCAACAAUCGAUCUUUUAUGUAGAAAUCUACAUCUAGUACUUCUUUUACCUAGAAUUUAAAAUUUGACCACAUCGUUGACUGAAAUCGUUUUUAAAUAUCUUUAUAACAAUUUGGAAUUUGACUCAAAGUGAAAAAUAACAUUUCAAGGGCAUCUUGUGGGAUUCAACGCAAUACUUUAAUGUCAUGAGCAUUCCACCCAAAGUUGUGUUUUAUAAAGCUUUUAUUGAUAACAAAUACUUCAUUAAUAAGAAAAUAGAUAAUAUGCUAUUGACCUCAUGUAGGGUGGUAGUAGAUAGCUAAAGCUUUCCAAUUUAACAAUUAUUUAUUAAUUUAUGAUGUUUCAUAAUGUAACUUAUUUCAAAUUCAGAACAUGCACAUGUUUGAAAACAAACAAGUUAAAUUAUUCAAGAUAAACUUGCCUUUAUAGGCCUCGUCAUUGCCAGUCAAAAUAACCUUCCAACAGAACUUUGAUACGAAAAUGAAUCUAGUAUGAUUUUACAUCAUGUUUGUAACUUUGUAUUGAUCUUUCAGAUGAUUCCGAAAGAAAGGAAUUUAAGGCAAUUAUUGACAGUGCCGAGUUUGUAGAGCUGUUAAAGAAGCUUCAAAUUGGGCAGGUGGGAGAACCAGAGCCUACUGUCCGUACUGAUCAGGAGGAAGAACAGCCUAACAUAGAGGCAUCAGCAAAAAAAAGGAAGUCUAACCUCAGUGAAGGCGAGAAGUCAAAUAAAAAAAUGAAAAAUUUAAAGAAAAAGCAGCAGACGAACAUUGAGAAGGCUGCCAGUUGUUUGGAGUUACUUGAGUUAGAUUUGCUAACUUCCAGCUGCAUCAGUACUGUAUCAUCAUCAAAACAGUCUGAUGCAACACCAUCCACCCCGCAGCUGGUUGUCAUGCCAACGCCCAGUAUUGAGACCCAGGAAGUAGCUGUUCAUCAGCAAUCAUGCAGCUCUGUUCCAGAGACUAAUUUCAAUAGUCUUUCGGAUGAUCAAGACUUGACACAAUCGUCAACUAGGAGUUCAUCUAUAUUAGGACAAUCAUUUGAUGUCCUGAACAACACGUCAUCUUGUGCCACAUACAACAGAACUGGUCCAGAUGUCCAGUUGCAACAGAGGGUGGAGGCUGUUGAGUUAGAAUUGUCAAAGUGCUGGGCCUAUAUUCAUCAGCUUCAGAACCUGGCUGUAUAA